GGACAGUGGAAGGAGGCCGAAGAGCUGGAGGUGCAAGUGAUGGAGACGAGAAAGAGGGUGCUUGGGGGCGAGCAUCUAGACACGCUGACUAGCAUGGCAAACCUGGCCUCGACGUUUUGGAAUAAGGGGGGGUACAAGGAGGCUGAAGAGCUGGAGGUGCAAGUGAUGGAGACGAGAAAGAGGGUGCUUGGGGAUGAGCAUCCAGACAGGCUGACCAGCAUGGCAAACCUGGCGUCGACGUACAGGAAUCAGGGCCGUUGGAAGGAGGCCGAAGAGCUGUUUGUGCAAGUGAUGGAGACGAGCUCGAGAGUGCUUGGGGACGAGCAUCCAGACACGCUGGCCGGCAUGGCUAACCUGGCGUCAACGUACAGGAAUCAAGGGCGAUGGAAGGAGGCCGAAGAGCUGGAGGUGCAAGUGAUGGAGACGAGAAAGAGGGUGCUUGGGGAUGAGCAUCCAGACACACUGACCAGCAUGAACAAUCUCGCAUUUACGUUCAAGGGUCAAGGUUGCAGCCACAAUGCUAUUUUAUUAAUGGGAAAAUGA